CAACGAGAGCCAAUGGACGCAUUUUAAGCUCUGCUGAUUUCGAUUUAUUUUGCAGUUGGAAAGUGAACAGUUCGGUUGAAAUAUCCAAUUAAAAAUAAAAGUUACUUGCGGAAAGUAUUUCUGCGAAGAAAUUCCAAAGUCAUUGGCUUUAAGUGCAUUUUUAUUUUAUUAAUAUCACCUCCUGGAGGAUUGUGUUACAAGUAAAAUGAAGUAUUUUUUGCUCUUGGGUUUGCUGCUUUUAGCAGGUGUAAGUGAAAUUUUCGCGGAGGAAGCUGCAGAAGAUGUUGAGACCAUCGAUCUUGAUUUGGGCUCUUUCAAGGAAGGUUCGAGAACAGAUGCCGAAGCACUCAAGCGGGAAGAAGAGGCAAUACAAUUGGAUGGCCUAAGUGUUGCACAAAUGAAAGAAGUGCGCGAGAAGGCCGAGAAAUUCACAUUCCAAACAGAGGUGAAUCGCAUGAUGAAGCUCAUCAUCAAUUCAUUAUAUCGCAAUAAGGAAAUCUUCUUGCGUGAAUUAAUAUCCAAUGCCUCCGAUGCCAUCGAUAAAAUUCGCUUGUUGGCACUUACGAAUAAGUCCGAAUUGGAUAGUAAUCCCGAAUUGAAUAUACGCAUUAAGGCAGAUAAGCAGAAUAAGGUGCUGCAUAUAAUGGAUACGGGUAUUGGUAUGACACAUCAGGAUCUUAUAAACAAUUUGGGUACAAUCGCAAAAUCGGGUACUGCCGAUUUCUUAGCUAAAAUGCAAGAUGCCUCCAAGGCGGAUUCUGGUCAAGAUCUUAACGAUAUGAUCGGUCAAUUCGGCGUUGGCUUCUACUCAGCUUUCUUGGUUGCUGAUCGUGUAGUUGUUACUACCAAACAUAAUGCUGACAAACAGUACAUUUGGGAAUCAGAUGCUAACAGCUUCAGCAUUGUUGAAGAUCCACGUGGCGAUACACUCAAACGUGGCUCCAUCAUUUCUUUGCAUUUAAAGGAUGAGGCACAAGAUUUCCUUGAAGAAGACACUAUGCGCGAAUUGAUCCGCAAGUACUCGCAAUUUAUUAAUUUCCCAAUUUUAAUGUGGUCGAGCAAGACUGUUGAGGAAGAGGUCCCCAUUGAAGAAGAUGCCACAACUGAGAAACCAGAAAAGGCAGAGGAUGACGUAGAAGAUGGCGAAGAAGAUGCUAAAGUUGAGGAAGAAGCUGAAGACUCUGACAAGCCAAAGACAAAGAAAGUAUCCAAGACUAUCUGGGACUGGCAAUUGAUAAAUGACAGCAAACCAAUUUGGACCCGCAAGCCCGCCGAAGUCACUGAGGAAGAAUACACUGAGUUCUACAAAACACUUACCAAGGAUAGCACAGAACCAUUAACGCAUACACAUUUUGUUGCUGAAGGCGAGGUAACAUUCAAGAGCUUAUUGUUCAUUCCUAAAGUGCAGCCUUCCGAAUCAUUCAACCGUUAUGGAACUAACGCCGAUAAUAUCAAAUUGUACGUACGUCGUGUCUUCAUCACUGAUGAAUUCAACGACAUGAUGCCCAAUUAUUUGAGCUUCAUUCGCGGCGUUGUUGAUUCCGAUGAUCUGCCAUUGAAUGUUUCACGUGAAACACUGCAGCAGCAUAAACUCAUCAAGGUCAUCAAGAAAAAGUUGGUCCGCAAAGUGCUUGAUUUGAUUAAGAAAAUCGACAAAGAUAACUACACUAAAUUCUGGAAGGAAUACUCAACAAACAUCAAACUUGGAAUCAUGGAAGAUCCUAGCAACCGUUCCCGUCUCGCCAAGCUAUUGAGGUUCCAAUCGUCCAAUGGCAAAGGCGUCACUUCGUUGGCUGAGUACGUUGAACGCAUGAAACCAAAACAGGAGCACAUCUAUUUUAUUGCUGGUGCCAAUCGCGCCGAAGUGGAAAAAUCACCUUUCGUUGAACGCUUGCUAAGCAAAGGCUAUGAAGUUCUCUAUCUUGUCGAAGCUGUUGAUGAGUACUGUAUUUCUGCGCUGCCGGAAUUCGAUGGCAAGAAAUUCCAAAAUGUUGCCAAGGAAGGCUUCAAACUGAACGAAUCGGAAAAGAGCAAAUCCAAGUUCGAAGGUUUGAAAUCAGCAUUUGAACCGCUCGUAAAAUGGUUGAAUGACGUAGCGCUGAAGGAUAAAAUCCAAAAGGCACAAGUCUCUGAGCGUUUAAGCAACUCCCCUUGUGCACUGGUUGCUGGUAUGUUCGGCUGGACCGGAAAUAUGGAGCGUUUGGCUUUAUCUAAUGCUCAUCAAAAGUCAGAUGAUCCACAACGUAGCUACUACUUGAAUCAAAAGAAAACUUUGGAAAUCAAUCCACGCCAUCCUCUAAUUCGUGAACUUUUGCGCCGUGUUGAAGCUGACGAAGCCGAUGACACUGCUAAGGAUAUGGCUGUGAUGAUGUUCCGCACAGCAACCUUGCGCUCGGGUUACAUGCUGCAAGAAACUGCUGAUUUUGCAGACACAAUUGAAAAAAUGAUGCGCCAAUCAUUGGGAGUGCCGUUGGAAGAAGAAGUAGAAUUGGAUGAUGAUGAUGAUGAAGAUUCUACUGCCAAUGAGGAGGAUAACGAUGACUCAAGUGAAAAUACCAGUAACACGGCGGAGGAUGAUGAGGUGCACGACGAGCUCUAAGUUAGGGAAAUUUAGUUUUUAGAUAAAGCAUACCUAUUUACUAAGAAUGGCAGACUGAUUUCUUUUUAGUUUGACCGCUCAUUUCAUUUUGUUGGCAUUGUAAAAGAAUGUAAAGGCCGAUAGAUCCACAUAAUUUCCUUUAUACUAUAAAAUUGUAAAUGGUAUUAUUUAUUAAUGUGAUGGGGAAAAAUGUGUUCACGCUAAAAACGGCCACACACAUACGUAGAUCAUGUACUACCUCUGCCGUCUCAAAAACUUUGUUUCCAUUUAGAGGGCGUAUAUUGAAUGCAUGCAUUUACAAAGACACACCUAUCACGUGGGCGGAAUUAUAGAUUUAAAUAAGUUUCGUAAAAUAAUAGAAAUAUUUUCUAUUUGUAUUCAAUUAACAAAAAUUCAAAAUUUAAUCUACAAUAAAAUAUUUCAGAUAUAAAAACUGUUA